GGGUGCAGCAAGGAAGGCGUUUUCCGAAGAAAAGGAUAGAGUGCAAGUAGAGAGAGGGAGAGCCAAAACCGGAUCGUGCACGCGAUCCGCAACCUUCUCUUCAGCCAUUAGUUUCAUUACCACUCUCUCAACUCCACACGACUCAUUUUCCCUUCCAUUCUAUAAAACCAAACAACUUCAUCUUUCACGUUUUGUCCAAAUGAGCUUCGUUUCGUCUAGUUGAAUUUACAAGGUCUGCCAAUUGCUUUUAAUUAGGUUGUGAACUUCCCUUUGAUGAUCAUUGAGUUGAGAUGAGAACCUUUUCUUUAUCAAGAGUUCCCAGAUGUGGGCUUUUUAACUUGGCUCAAUUUUGGGGUGACAACUUCCACAGUUCGAGUAGGACUUGUGGAUACAGUUGUAAUUCUAAGCUGCAUAGCUUCAAAAUUUAUGCCCUUGAUGGAGGAAACAGUAGGAAAUGGACUAGAAGGCCUCUAACAACAAAUACAGAAGGCAGAAACAAAACUGCCCAGCACAGUAGUCCCAGCACGAUUAGGCAUGAAUUGUUGAAUGUAACAGCUUCAACAAGUGCUACAAUAAAUAUAAGUAAAGUCGACACAAGUCAAUAUGAAAAGAUUCAACAUCAUGACAUUCGAGAACUGAUUGCUGAGAAUGGAGAUUUAGCCAGUCUAGUGACAGUUAUUAUAUUUGAUAUUGAGACUACUGGGUUUAGUAGAACAGAUGAUCGAAUCAUAGAAAUUGCACUUCAAGAUCUUCAAGGUGGUGAAAACAGUACUUUCCAGACACUGAUAAACCCCGAACGUGAUGUCCCCUGGAAUACAACCAAAAUUCAUGGAAUUGCUACAGAUAUGGUCAGAAAACCUAGUGUUCCAAGGAUGAAGGAACUUAUACCAAUCUUACUCAGCUAUAUCAAAAGCCGUCAAAAGCCGGGCGGUUAUGUAAUGUUGGUUGCUCACAAUGGUCGUAGUUUUGAUGUGCCCUUUCUCCGUAGUGAGUUCUCUCGUUGUGGCGUAGAGUUUCCUUCAAACUGGCUGUUCGCAGACAGCCUUAUUAUGGCACGGAAAGCAAUGAAGUCUGCAGGAUCAGAAGCUUCUUCAAAAUCAUUAAAAUUGCAAGACCUUCGUGUGCACCUUGGGAUCCCAUUGGUUGGUUCAGCUCACAGAGCCAUGUCAGAUGUGGUAGUAUUGUCAAAAGUGUUUCCAAUGUUAACUUAUAUUCUGAAACAGACACUUGCCAACGUCGUGGUUGAACAUUCUUUCUCUCUUUCGGACAUUGACAACCCGAAGAAGAAGAAGAGUUCUAGGUAGGAUACGCCCCAGCUUGGUACUAAUACAUUUUCUUUGUAACCUAUUAUCAAAUGAUCAGUGGAUUUUAUGGGAUGCCUCUUGAAGAGCUUGAGGUUAGAAUUCACGAUUCCUCGAGGAUGUCAAUGACUCCAGUUAGGGUAGGGUCGAAAAAAGAAAAAUGGUGUACCAUUGUAAUUGUAAUACAUUCUUACAGAUAGUCAUUUAUUCAAUGACCACAAUAAUCUGAUGUAUGCCUCUGUUGGAUGUGAUUUACAAUGACAGAAUAACAAGUACUUCACAAC